CAAGAAUAAAGAAUAUGUGUACAUCCCCUCAAAGAAAAAGAAUAAAUAUUCUCCAACUUUCAGAAUCCAAAACCUUUCUCUUCCAGCUUAUAAGGAGCUAGUUUAGCACUCUCUUUCCCAUAUCAUCUCAGUUUUUUUUUUUUUUUUUAAACUUAAAAUUACUUAUAUGUGAUGGCUUCAUGGACAACAAAGCAAAAAAAGAGAUUUGAGGAGGCGUUGGCAUUAUAUGACAGGGAUACUCCGGAUCGCUGGCAUAACAUUGCGAGGAGUGUAGGAGGGAAAUCAGCAGAGGAAGUGAGGAGACACUAUGAGCUGCUUCUCAAGGAUAUUAUGCAAAUAAAAAAUGACCAAGUACCUUUGCCCAAAUACAAGCCUGCUCAAACCAAUGUCAGAGGUUAUGCUAAUGAACAGAGGCUUCUGAAGAAUCUAAAGCUACAGUGAGGAGAAACCUGCAGCGAUGCUCAACAGUCAAUACCAUCAGACGUUCUGUACAAAAUGCAAUAUGCAAAAAAAA